GCUUAGAAUUCGGUGUUUUAAUAACCGCGUAGAAAACCCCAAACCCACCCCAUUUUAGACUUGUAUUAUAGGGGGUUGGCUUUUUUUAAUUAUUUUUACAGGUUUAUUCCGAUUUCCAAUUCCAUCCCGAUGUCGAGUGAGUUAAUCGACAAGUAUACCUUCAAGAACGACUACGUCAACCCGCGGGGGAUUCCCCGCGUGGCGUUCAUCGACAACACGGCGGAGCUCGUCAAAUCGAGCGGGGACUCCGUCGAGACUCUCCUCAAAAGGCUCCGCGAGCAGUACAGCAAGUACAAACUCGCCGAGCAUCGCCUGAUUCGGACGGUGGCGAAUUUGGAGUCCAAAGUCCCGGAUAUCCAAAAAACCCUCAAAACGAUCGCCUUUUUAAAAGACCGCCUCGACGUGGAGGAGAGUUCGCCGGCGGCGCACCCCCCCCAGGGGGACCCCAACGAGGGGUUCUACACCAACUACGGCCUGACGGAGAGCGUUUUCUGCCAGGCCCAUGUCCCCCCCCAACGGACGGUGCAUCUUUGGCUCGGCGCGAAUGUGAUGGUGGAGUACUCCUUCGACGAGGCCCGCGAGCUGCUCGAGCGGAAUUUAAAAAGCGCCCGCGAGAAUCUGCGCAAGACGCAGGAGGAUUUGACGUGGCUUCAGGAGCAGCAAACCACGCUGGAGGUGAAUACCUCGCGCGUGUACAACUACGACGUCGUCCAGCGGCGAACCAAGGAGAAGAAUGGGGUCGCCAAAUAGUUCGAAAAAGUAUAAAAGAAAAAGAUAAGUAAAAUUCAGGAAGAAGAAGAGAUUCUAAGGGAGAAAUAAUCAAUGCACUCGGGGAAAAAAGAGUAUAGAGAGAAAGGUAUACACUUGCUUGUGUGAAUAUGCUCAUGAGAGGCGAGUGAUGUUAACUAUUUAUUGAGAUUUAAUCACUGAAUGAGGAGUGUGUGCUUUAUUGGUAAUCCAUAUAUUCAUCCUACCCUUGCUCGGGGAAUUGCCUAA